UUAUUUAUACAAAUAAAUAAACAAAACACACGAGUUCAACAAUUUAUAAUACUCAAGGUAGUAAGUAUCCUAUUUUUAUUUCAUGAAAUGGCAAGGUUCAAGAAUGGCAAAAUUUGCAUUGAACCAAUUGAACCUUCACAGAAAAAAGUCAAAAGGAUGAAAAAGAAGAAAGAUUUGGAAAAAAUGAGGAAAAAUAUUGUUGCAGCUAAACAGCAAAUGAAGCGGAGUAAUCGAAAGCAGGAGAAGAUAGCCAAGAGUUCAUUUGAAAAAACUUUGAAUAAUUUUGCUGAAAUUCGUCAAAAAAAUGAAGAUGAAACUCAGGGCUAUCCAGAUAAGAAAGUUAAAAAGAAAACAAUUUGUGCCCGGCUUUUACCUGAACAGUCAAUUGGAAUAUUUAAAAACGGUGCAAUGGGUAAAGAGGUAAGAAGACCUGGAAAACUUCCUUUUAGUCAACAAAACGAAGCACGUUUACAAGGUGAUAUUUUUAAACUGUUAAAUGGCGAAGAAAUCCCAUCCCCUGGCAAAUUAGUGACUGAAAAUGCAGAAAUGCCAGAUGAUAGCAGUGAAGCGAAAUCAGCGUUUUCCGCAGCGAAGAAUGACGACAAAAACACUUCCAAUUACGGAAAGACCAACAAUAGUCGUAAAGAUAUGAAUGCGAAGAAAAAUAGCACGGAGAGAAAAAACGUCGCGUCUAAGGAUCUUCAAAGCGACAAAACAAAACGACUAUUUGAGAAUGAUGAUGAUAGCACAGAGGACACGAAUAUUGAGAGUAUUCCAAUGGACCCACUGCAUUUUUCACCGCGAGCUAGCAAGGAUAAAUAUGAAGAAAGUCAAACGGGUGGUGGGAAUGACGAGACUGAUGGUGGUGAAUCGGAGCACUGCUGGGAUCCACGUGCUGUAAAAUUUUAUGAAGAGUUGCACGAUAAAGUUGAAGAGUACUUUGAUGUUGAUUUUUCGAAACUCAACAUGACAGAUCCAAUUCUGGAAAUAAAAUCAAGGCUCGCAAACGUUUACGAGAGGACCCACAGCAAACAAUGCGCAUCAUCAAAUAACAAUGACACUGAUCCAUUUCCAAGAGCAAGUACAUCUCAGCCUCAUUCGGAGUGGAGUGCUGAGGCGCAGGCAUGCACCGGAACAAGUGAUAAUAACCGCCUCACCCCAUUAAACCGAUUAACUAAAUCAAAACCAACACCUCAUGACUACGAGACAGUCGAGGCUCGAAUAAUAAACGCAAUGACAUCGUUACCCACUGGACCAGAGUAUCCUCUGGCAGACCCAUUUUUCGGUGCUACAUCACCUCAAUACGCAGCCUCGUUAUCCACCGUGUCAUCAGAUACGUUAAUCCUGAGUAAUCACGGUAACGUCGAUAAGACAACUACCGACCAAGACAUAAACACUAGUCCAGCUAGCAGAUCAGUCGUCGACUUACUGUUUGAAAAUACAGCCCAGACAAACUUCAUGGACAGUGUAACCUCCGUAUCAUCGCUGCCCCUCGGCUGGGAUGCUAACGCCGAAAAUCAAAGGAAUUUAAUUCGUCGUAAUUUAAAGUACGUGCCAGGUAUACCGCGGAGAACUCAACCACGCGAAUUUUUAUUUGAUGUUGAGAAUCUAACUAAGGUUAAAGCUCCACCAACUCAAGCUCAUCCUAAAGUAACACUACUACAAGAGCAAGCACAAGCACAUCCCAGAGUUACACAAACCCAAGUUCAUCCUCUGCAAACAGAACCUUGUCUUAAAAUCAAUAUUCCCAACAAUCAUGAAUCCUUUCCACGUGAAUUCUUUCUUCCUCCAUUGCUCGAUGAUAAAUCUCUAUACUCUAAACCACUCAACAAAGAAUCACCUUACUAUCCGACUCCAAGCUUCGUAAUGCAUCGACUGAAUAAUGAAAAAACUAAAAAUAUUAAUACUGACAGUAAAUCAAAAGAUAAUUUUAUCUUUCCGAAGCUAAAUAAUAAAUUCGUUAAUCGAAAUCCUUAUUGCGAAAUAAUAAAGCCAAAAAAUGAUCAGUGGAAUAUGAAUAACCAAUUCCUUCCUCCUCUUCCUCCUCCUCCUCCUCCUCCUCCUCCGCAUCUUUCAACAAGAACCGCUGAUGCCGGGACGAGUUCACGUUAUCCUUUUACGUUUUCAGCCAACGACUUUUCGAAAUCACGUACCGGGAUUCUGAAAGACGACUACGCAAUAUUUAAUGGAGAGAAACACGAACUCAAUAAACCCGUAAUAGGUAUUGCUAGCACUAAACCACCUGGGGAACAAAGAAAUUUAAAUAGUCACAAACAAUUUAUGUAUACUUCACGGGAUUUAAAUGCUAAAAGUUUUAAAUUGUUUCCCGAGUACAAUCAUCAAGACGGAACACAUCAAAUCCAGUCCUUAAAUCACCAACACAUACCUCAGUCAAUGAUGUAUGAGUCAAUACCGAUAAGAAAAGAUUUUUUCGAGAAAGAUAAUGACUUGUCACAGAAAUCUAAGGCACCAAGAAAUUUAGGGUAUGAAGAAAUGAAAGGGUAUGAUUUAAAUAGAGCCAAGUUGUCUUUUCUUUCAGCAAACACUGAUAAUUAUAAAUUGCAAGAUAAUGGAAUCAGUGAUACAGUGCUGGAGAAUUUGAAAGUCCUGUCGUUUGAAGAAGAUCAAUACCCUGAAAAGUUAUUUGCAGAUCAUCGACAUGAUUAUUAUGAUAGUCAUAAUCAUAACUUUGGUCAUAAUAAUCAUGAUAAUCAUUAUAGUAAUCAUCAUAGACGUGAAGACCCGCAUUAUUAUCAGCAGGGUUAUUGUCAGCAGGAACAGCUGGAGAAACAUUUUAAAAACUUAUCCCAGCCCUCGAAGUACUUUGCGGUGAUGAAUGAACAUCAAAGUUAUCCGCGAGUUCCACAACGAGUUCCCAUUUACUUUAAUGAACCGGGCUCGAUAAAUAAUCAACCCACUUUUACUGAUACCAAUGCUAGAACUAAUGUUGGUUAUCAUGGUCCUGACAACUCGGAACCGUAUCAGCCUCAAGAUCUCCAGCGUAAGCAGAUCCAAUCUGGGGUUCCCAUUGCGGUUUUUGCUGCUAAGGAUAGAAAUUUAUUUUUAGGCAGUAAAGUUCCUGAUGCGCGACACUUGUUCGAUGAAACCAAAGAUCCUGGGAAGGAUAAAGCUAAAUUUGUGAGAUUCAAUGAAGAUGUUAGAACUGUGAGAGCUGGUCAGAUGCCCGGAAACCAAGUGCGGGAAAUUAUUCUUCCCAAUGGGCAAGUAGGGUUAUUUUUUCCUCAGACUUUUGUGAAUAGUGAGAACAAUAAGGAUGAUGGAUACUUGAAUCAAAAUCAUUAUACGAAUCAUCGGUAG